AUGGUGCACCCUGAUGUUAUAUGUAAACCUAUUGUGUUUACGGAUGCCAAAUGUGUUGAUGUCAAGAAGGUAGAUGUUGGCAACCAAUUUACAAAUGGACAAGAGUUUGAAGUUCAUGAUCAUAUGCUCCAAUGGAUCUCCACGAAGGCAUCUAAAUUGGGGCUUGGUGUUGUAAUCAGAAGUUUACAUUACCAUGACAUGUGCGACAAAUUAGCUGACCAUCCCAUUGCAUAUUGCAUUAUGGCUGAAGAGAAUGAAAUCGUUUUUGACAUGACAUUGAAUAUGGUGCAGCUCAAAUACAUACUUGUAACUUUUAAACGUAAAAGACCCGGAAAUAUUUUAAAUAUUAAGCAAGUAUACAAUACUCAUGUUCUUAACAACAAGGUGUUAAGGGGCGAUAAAACUGAAAUGCCGCAAGUGUUGAAACUUAUGGAUGAUCAAAAUUAUGUAUCUAGGUACCGAGUGUGCAAGGAUGGAGAAAUCGUUCGAGAUAUAUUUUGGACUCAUCAUGAUUUCAUAAAGUUGUUCAACAUAUUUCCCACUGUACUCAUCAUUAGUUCAACAUAUAAGACCAAGAAGUACAAGCUUACACUAUUGGAAAUUGUUGGUGUUACCUUUACAGAAAAGAUUUAUUCUGUUGUGUUUACAUUUUUAGUAAGCUAA